AGUUGCCAUGGCAACAAGCUAGAGCAUCGCCAUUUUGUCAGGAGGGUUUUUUUCCCCAGCUCAGUCUUUUCAAAUGUUCUCCCUUCCCGCCGGAAUAAUGCUGUCAGUGGAUGUAUAUUUGACGGUUUGGGCUGAACAAGCGCGUGCCGUGGAUCGGAUUAAGAAGCUCGAGGGAUCGACGGUUUGACGUGGUUGAAAUAAUUAGGCGGCGCCGCACUAACUCAGUUGUCCGUGUCUCUGGUCCACCGGGCCGGUUCACUGCGCAGGUUUGGACCGCGCGCCAUUUUGUGAAAAUUGACACAAAAUUCUUCACCAAAAUUAUCAGAGGACACGGUUUGUGCUUCGCCUUUAAAACACUCCGUGUUCGACCAUCACGUCGUUAUUAAACCAACUGACCGACGCUCAACUCGCACACAAACGUCAAAUCGGGAUUUUGUCAGAUCGUUGAUUUAGCGGCGGCUAGAAUUGUUAGCUUCAGGCUAAGCUAGCUAAUGUUAGCUGCGCUCAUUUUGUCAACUAGCUAGCGCGGCUCGCGCAGGUUAGCUAGUAAGUGAUGUUAGCAUGGUGCUAGUCACCGCGGAUAAUAAUAAUAAUAAUAACGUUAUUAAUAAUGUUAUUCCGACACGCUGGGAUCAUGAGGACCGUGUUGAAUGAGGCUGGUGAGUUGUUUUAUUAGAGUCCGUCGUUCAGAGGACGCGGAUCGGGUUUAACGUGAACAUCAGUCGCUCGGCGUCAGGGAGGGAGAAGCUCAAACUGGAUCAGUUUCCUCAUCAAACAGGUUAUUGGACUUUAAAUGAAGAUCGUGCCAUCAGAGUGGGUUGUGCUUUGCUGCUGGACUCUCCUCCCAGGAUGAUAUGAAAUUUUGCAGGAGACCAUGCAUCCAGGAGGAGAGACUUCAGCAUGCAAACCUUCGUCCGUCCGGCUUGCGCCCUCUUUUUCUUUACACACUGCUGGUCUUCAGAUGGCUGCUCCAAUGCCCCAUACGCACCAGCAGUACAGUGACCGCCACCAGCCAAGCACUGACCAAUCUGUUACGGUCUUACCGUACAGCGACCAGACACCACAGCUCACUGCCAAUCAGAGGCACAUGCCCCAGUGCUUUCGUGACCCAACUUCAGCUCCCCUGAGGAAGCUCUCCAUUGACCUUAUCAAAACAUACAAACACAUCAAUGAGGUGUAUUAUGCAAAAAAGAAGCGACGGCACCAACAGGGUCAGGGUGAAGACUCCAGUCACAAAAAGGAGAGGAAAGUCUUUAAUGAUGGCUAUGACGAUGAUAACUAUGACUACAUCGUCAAGAACGGGGAAAAAUGGAUGGACCGCUAUGAGAUUGAUUCCUUGAUAGGAAAGGGAUCCUUCGGGCAGGUUGUGAAAGCGUACGACCGUGCAGAGCAGGAAUGGGUCGCCAUUAAGAUCAUCAAGAACAAGAAAGCUUUCCUCAAUCAAGCCCAGAUUGAAGUGCGCCUGCUAGAGCUCAUGAACAAACAUGAUACCGAGAUGAAAUACUACAUUGUUCACCUCAAGCGUCACUUCAUGUUUCGGAACCACCUCUGCCUCGUGUUUGAGAUGCUUUCAUACAACCUGUACGACCUGCUCCGGAACACCAACUUCCGCGGCGUCUCUCUCAACCUCACCCGGAAGUUUGCCCAGCAGCUAUGCACAGCGCUGCUCUUCCUGGCCACACCUGAGCUCAGCAUCAUCCACUGUGACCUGAAGCCUGAGAACAUCCUCCUCUGCAACCCCAAACGCAGCGCCAUCAAAAUCGUGGACUUUGGCAGCUCAUGCCAACUGGGACAAAGGAUAUACCAGUACAUCCAGAGUCGCUUCUACCGUUCUCCAGAGGUUCUGCUGGGAAUGCCCUAUGACCUGGCCAUCGACAUGUGGUCUCUGGGCUGCAUCUUAGUGGAGAUGCACACUGGAGAACCUCUGUUCAGUGGCGCCAACGAGGUGGACCAGAUGAACAAAAUAGUGGAGGUUCUUGGGAUCCCACCUAAUCACAUAAUGGACCUAGCCCCAAAAGCCAGGAAGUUCUUCGAGAAGCUUUCUGAUGGUACAUGGAGUGUUAAGAAGACCAAAGAUGGCAAAAGGUAUAAACCUCCAGCCUCACGGAAGCUCCACUCCAUCCUGGGUGUGGAGACAGGAGGUCCAGGUGGCCGGCGGGCAGGAGAGUCUGGCCACGCUGUUGCUGACUACUUGAAGUUCAAGGACCUGAUCCUGCGGAUGUUGGACUAUGACCCUAAGAGCCGCAUCCAGCCCUACUAUGCCCUGCAGCACAGCUUCUUCAAGAAGACGGCGGACGAGGGGACCAACACGAGCAGCAGCGUGUCCACGAGCCCUGCGUUAGAGCAGUCCCAGUCUUCAGGAACCACGUCCAGUACCUCCUCCAGUUCAGGAGGAUCUUCUGGGACGAGCACCAGUGGCAGAGCGAGGUCAGACCCGACACAUCACCACUUACACAGUGGAGGACACUUUGGCACGGCCCUGCCGGCCAUCGAUGGAGACAGCCUCUGCCCACAGGCACGGCAGCCGUAUCCGCCACCGCUGGUGUGGGGGGGCGGCGUGGGACCAGAGUCGGUCACUGGAGAGACACACCCGGUCCAGGAAACCACCUUCCAUGUUCCCCCUCAGCACCCGAAGGCCCUUCAUCCCCACUCACAUGCUCAUCACCACCACGGGCAGAUGAUGGCGACGCGGCCACGCCCACGUCACUACACCUCCCCGACACACAGCUCCUCCACACAGGACUCCAUGGAAGUGGUUCACGGUCAUCUGUCCAUGACCUCCCUGUCUUCCUCUGCCUCCUCUUCCUCUACAUCGUCCUCUUCCACUGGGAACCACGGCAACCAGGCAUACCAGCUCCGCCAUUUGCCCACCGGAGCGCUGGACUUUGGUCAGAACGGCGGGCUGAGUAUGGGGCUAGGUGCCUUCUCGAACCCGCGGCAGGAGACUGGCAUGGCAGCGCACCCUGCUUUCUCCAUGGGCACGAACACGGGGCCCGCCCACUACCUAGCGGAGGGUCACCUGGGCAUGAGGCAGGGCAUGGACCGGGAGGAGUCUCCAAUGACUGGAGUGUGUGUGCAGCAGAGUUCCAUGGCCAGCUCGUGACUGCACUGACUUUGGCUGUGUGUCCCCCUGUGCGUCAUUUUUAAGGUGGUGUUUUUUACUACAAGGUGUGUUGAGAACAAAAAGCUGCUCAUGUCAGAAGGGAGAUAUCACUGAACCGCUACUACAGAGAAAAAUCUUUGUUCAAAAAGUAUAUAUGUAAUUUUCAUCCGUUCUUUCUUUUGCAAUCAUUAGGCACAAAAAUAAUCCUGCAGAAUAACCAUAGUGAGAUUGAGUCAUUCAUCUUACCAUUUCACCACUUUCAUGUAAUCACCAUAUGGUAUUAAUGUGGCAGAAUCUUCUGAGGAGCAUUUCAGCGUGUGAAGAGUGCGAAGCAGGUAUCUGCUCGCUGACAUCACUGUUCCACUGGUUCUUCAUUAUUUUUGCCCUUUUCAGUGAAGUUUGACGUCUGAGCCGCUCGUGGAUCCUGCAGCUCGGCGGCGCGGGGAAAGUGUUUGCAGUGAUAUUUCUUGUUGUCGGUCGGUUUUGUGUAACUCUGUCGAAGGGGAAGCACAUGGCAGUGGAGCCGCUCCCUCAAGCGUGUGCUGGCCGGUCGGUCGGAGAGGAGGGCCCGCACCCGUCGGGUCACAGCGGAGGGGAAGCACCACCCUCAGGCCUGGAGGCAAACUGCAGCCGUGCCCGGCACAGACGAGAGCAGCGACGGGCUGUGGAGACGCGAGGAUCCGGCCCGGUGAGAGGAAGACAGUCAGCGGCUGGUUCUAGAAAACCCUUUGGCCUUAUGACUCAUGGACAUGGAAUGAGAUGGAGCUGGACAUUAUCAUUUGAAUUAAGAUGGCUUUUCUCUAUUUUUCUCUCUAGACAGCCCUUAAUUCUUUAAGGAAAUAAAAACCAACUUAGCAAAGGUAAAUAAGAAUGGUAAUUUGAGGCCUUUCUCGACAAAGAUUACUUCUUCAGCAGGGCCCCACAUAACAGGGUCUUAUUGUACACAACAACCUCCUAAACAUUACUUCCUUGAAAAUCUUGUUCACUGGUUAAGGAUUUUGCAGUGGAAAGAACUAUCUAUUCCAGAGUCUACCCUUUUCUGUUCAGUUCUCCCCUUUUUGCAUGUAGUUCCUCAUCAGAACCACCUGCACAAGUCUCUCCAUCCAAAAACAUGGAAACUGAAGAAAAAACUGAGUUAAGUGACUGCCUUUUUUCUCCUCAAAUUAUGCUGUGAAUUUUACAAGAAUUUAUUUUCCCUUUGGAUAUGUUUUUAUACCAAAGCAGUUGUUUUAUAGCAUAUAGGUGUCUGUAACCAAUAAUGUAGCAGUUCACCACUUUGACGCAAAGUUUAUCAAGAUCUUAUUUUAAACGUCAAUACAAACAGCUGCAAUAUUUUACUUUAGCAAACGUGGAGACGUUGUCAGGCGUCGGCUCGGUGUAUUCUGGCCACAUCCGUCUGCAAUGUUUCACCAAAACUGUUUCCAUAUUAAUUGGUAGAUUAUUUUGGGAGUCUUUUAAAACUUUGGUAUGUUAGAGAAUUUGGUAGUUACUCUGCAGGCUCCGGAGUAGCAGGAUAGAAGCCGAUGGUUUAAAAAAAAAAAGAAAAAAGAAAAGAAAUAAGGAGACUAAUGCGUUCUAUUUCUGUGUCGUCGUUUUUCUUUCGCCCCAUCAUACUAUUUCAAAGGGUUUUGCUGCCUUUCAUACAUCAUUUUGGUCAACUUGGCUACUUUGUGCCAUCGAGUAAGACUUGACGCUGGUGUCCUGGCAGUGAGGAUAAAAGUGGCAAAAGAGUUUGUGUUGAGUGGUUUUUGUUCUGGUUUGUUGGAGCAGAUCCAUGAUUCAAGCUGUCCAUCAGCCCACAGUCACAGACACACAUAUGUCCUCAACACAUGACAGUCAAUAUCCAGAUUUUUGUUUGAUAUCAGGGAGUUUGAAGUGCUUUCUUUCUUCUGUUGCUCAUUUUAUCAGCUUUGAAAUUCGACAGAAAAAUAAAAGAAAAAAAGAAAUCAAACCUGCCCACAGUCACCUUUCAAAUCCAGGGCAGACGUUGCUGUUGUCAUUUUUAAACGGAGAAAACCAUCGUAUUAAAAUCAUGCUUGGUAUUUUCCACUAACAAAAUGUAAAGCUACCUAUACUGAGAUUGGGGUUUUAUCUGGAUGUCAAGGUUAAUUGCAAAUUUGCAAUCAUUUUUGUUUCAUACCCCGCAGAAUUUGAGACAUUUAGAAGUGGCCAGUGGUUUUCUGACUGGCAUUCAUACUGGUACUAAACAUUCCAAAAAUAAAGACUGAAAAAGAAAAAAAAAAACAUUGACUGCAGUGACUCGUAAGUGUGCGCCUAUUUCAGAUCAUGCUGAUUGACCUCUUAUUUAGAGCAGUUGUCAUGAAAUGCAGCCCCUUUUUAAUAGUUGAAAUAGAAUUUAUGUAUAUAUUUAUAUUUUUUUAAUAAAGGAAGUAUAGAACUCACUACCUUGCUCCUGCUGGUAUGUUGAUUAUGUUUGUCAAUUUGGUGACCAUUCAGUGGGCAGGAACUCCUGUUUUCUUAGUGGCAAACCCUUGCCUUUUGGCAAAGGUACUUGACUACAUCAGGACAACACUAUGAGGUAGGGUUUGAAUCAAACAGGGAAAGCUAGAUCUUCAAACCUUAAUUUUCACAGGGUAUAUUGUAAGUGCAUGUACAUCACAAACCUUACGUUUUGGUUAUAUGAGAAGCACAUGGUUGGAAAAAAAAAGAGGUUCCAUCUUUCAUAAGCCUGUUCAGUUUGUGGCUUACACACAAACACGUAUACUUGUCCACAUAUCCCAAAACCCGACAGAAGUUGAAAUCCUCGUAUUUAAUUUGGAUUUAUCCUUUUUCUUUUUUCUUUUCUUUUUUUAAUUUUUUCCACAUUUUUUCACUUUUUUUGUACAUGCAACAUGCACUAUAGAAUUGAACAGCAUGGGGGAAAGGAUAAGUCCAUGUAUCCACAGAUUGUAAGAUCUAGUCAAGACUUUGCUGUGUUUAUGACAAUGCCCUUUGUAUUAUAUUAAGACAGUCUUAUGUAUGAUAUAUAAAAAGAAGUUAAUUGAAAUGA